CCAUUUUGAAAUGGGUUAAUAUUUUUGGGGAGGAAUGGACUAGCGACUAAUUUUUAGGUAAUCGAAAUCAAAUAUACUGUGUGACUGUUUCUUUUACUGACUGUCGGCUACAGCAGAAUCAGUAGUAAACUGUUUUGGAGGAAAGCAAGACAACGACGAAGCGUGCGACGACUGAGCCGCCCUACCGCCGCUUCCGUAACCGUAUCGCUUGAGCGGAGCUGUUGGUGUAUUAAUGGCUUCAGCUUCAGCUGCAACAGCAGCUUCUUCUUUGAAGAGAACUAAUUCAUCGACUUCGAGCGAAGGGGAUGAGCUCAUCAUUACGCCCCUCGGCGCCGGCAACGAAGUUGGCCGCUCCUGCGUUUACAUGUCCUUCAAGGGGAAAACUGUUAUGUUCGACUGCGGCAUUCAUCCAGCUUUCUCAGGAAUGGCUGCAUUGCCCUACUUCGACGAGAUUGAUCCUUCUGCCAUCGAUCUUCUUCUCGUUACUCACUUUCACUUGGACCAUGCUGCUUCACUUCCAUAUUUUCUGGAAAAGACAACGUUUAAAGGACGGGUUUUUUAUGACUCAUGCUACUAAGGCCAUUUACAAGUUGCUGCUAUCAGAUUAUGUUAAAGUUAGCAAGGUCUCAGUUGAGGAUAUGCUAUAUGAUGAACAAGACAUUCUUCGCUCCAUGGAUAAAAUUGAGGUUAUUGACUUCCAUCAGACUCUGGAGGUUAACGGGAUCCGUUUCUGGUGUUAUACUGCUGGUCAUGUGCUUGGUGCUGCCAUGUUUAUGGUUGACAUAGCUGGUGUUCGUGUCCUCUACACUGGAGAUUAUUCGC